AUGUAUCAACUUCUUUUUAUCUAUCUGUCUUUUUCAUAUCUAUCUAUCUAUCUAUCUAUCUAUCUAUCUAUCUAUCUAUCUAUCUAUCUAUCUAUCUAUCUAUCUGUUUUCUUAAUUCCCAUUAAGAUGGACAGCAUUAUUGGAUCAGUUGGUCGGUUAGGCAAAGUUAAAGUCCGCAAUGACGAUGACCUCAUAGAUCGAAUGAACCAUUUAUACACAACGGGCAUCCUCAUCAUAUUUACAGUGGUGGUCAGCGCGCGCCAAUAUGUCGGUGACCCCAUUCGAUGUUGGUGCCCCGGUGAAUUCACAGGCGCGCACGUCGACUACACGAAUAACGUGUGCUGGAUUUCAAACACCUACUAUGUUGAUAUGCAGGACCAAAUACCCGUGGCCCACAAUAAGCGCAAAGAAAAAGAACUCAGCUAUUAUCAGUGGGUACCCGUGGUGCUUCUGUUGCAAGCUCUGCUUUUUUAUUUACCGUGUAUCAUCUGGCGACUGCUCAACGGCCAGUCCGGUAUCAACGUCGACCGGAUCGUCAGCGUGGCCAGCGAUGCUCAGUAUGAAAGCCCAGAGAACAGGACACGGAAUAUCAAAUACGUGGUCAGACACAUGGAUCGGUGUCUUGAUAAUCAACGUGAAACACGGCAUUCAUUCUGCAUCCGCCUUCGUCACAUCCUGUCCGCGAAUUUGUCCUUGCUAUGCGGUCGACGCUACGGCAACUACCUUGUGGCUGUUUAUUUCUUAGUCAAGAUACUUUAUAUUUCCAACGUCAUCGGACAGCUUUUUUUACUGGACUCCUUCCUCGGCUCCGGCUACCGGAUUUACGGCUGGCAGGUGCUUGAGGACCUUAUAGAGGGUAAAGACUGGACAGCAUCCCGACGAUUUCCUCGGGUAACCCUCUGUGAUUUUGAAAUCCGACAGUUGCCUAAUUUGAACCGCUAUACAGUCCAAUGCGUACUUCCAAUAAAUUUGUUUAAUGAGAAGAUCUAUAUAUUUCUUUGGUUUUGGCUAGUUUUUGUAUCGAUUCUUUCUUGCUACAGUUUUGCCUCAUGGAUUGUUCACAUGAUCUUCCCCACCACUCGCAUACAGUACGUGCGAAAGUUUUUAAAAAUUAUGGAUCGCAUAGGGACAACGCCGGACAAGAAGUUGGCGAAUCGGUUUACUGUAGAAUAUUUACGUCAUGAUGGCGUCUUUACGCUUCGCUUAAUCGGCAAGAACUCAAGCGACAUAGUGGUCGCUGAAAUAGUAUCUGGACUUUGGGAUAUCUACAGAAGUAAGAAAUCUAUUCAAAUACGAAGCAAUGGACACGACACAGAGGGCGAAGAUGUAUAA